AUGACAGAGAUAUCAGAGCCCCUAAAGGAUGCAAUGCCCACAGAGAGGAAGUCCACGUGGAGGACGGCCGAGGAGAGGCGGAUGUCCGACCUCACUCGGGUGCUGGAGUGGCUGGAGCGGAGGCAGGGGAAGACAAAGCAAAAGCCCUCAGAGCAAAGCGCCAAGAACGCCGUGGACCCAAAGGGAAAACGCCUCAGCAUCGUUCCCAGCAACUACAAGGAUGGGCCCAGGAAAUCCGACCUGGACAUCAAGGACGCAAUCGCGCUGGAGUCCGCUCAGCGGCCCCUGCCCUACCGCCACCAGAGCAUCCUGGACCCCGCGCUGCAGGAAUCGCCUGUGUUCGGUGGUCGGAAGUCCACCCUCCUGAGAGACUGGGUAAUAAGCAGGACGACCGAGAUCUCCUAUGAGCGCAAGCUGAAGAGUCUCAUGGAGAAGGGCACGGAGCCCAAGGUGGAGCUGGUGAGGAUGCUGAAGCCGGAGGAGGUGCUGAGCUGCCGAUACCUGAGGUUGUCCAAGAACAACAUUCGGACCUUGCUCAAGCUAUGCAAGGACGCAGGCAUGAUCGUGGACAUCCACCCCCACAUGGUCGAAGGAGACAUAGAUGCUAAAAAGGUGUUCGCCCAAAACCCCAGCGUGGCCCUCUAG